CUCACUCACCACGACUCAUGUCGUUCGAUUCGAGCGCGAGUUCGGGCGACAACAGCAGCGACGUCGACGUCUCUGCACCGCGUGACGUCAUCUACGACGACACAAGCAACAGCCAGCCUCGCCAUGCCCUCGAUCUGCACACUGCAUGCGCAAUCGGUCACUUCGACUGCGUCAUGCGCCUCAUUGCGAGCCGUUCGAGGUCGUUGGACAUCAACGAGAAGAACAGGGGUGGAUGGACCCCCCUGAUGUAUGCGUCAUAUGUCGGUCAUGAUAAGAUUGUGGAUCUGCUGUUGGAGAAGAGUGCGGACGUGAAUGUUGCGGCUUGCGAUGGUGGGACAGCGUUGAUGUGGGCUGCGAGCUGUGGGAAUGAGGCUGUGGCGUAUUUUCUGUUGUUGCAUGGGAGUGAGAUCAAUAAGAAGGACAACGAGGGCCACACUGCUUUGUUUCAUGCAACACGACAGGGACACCAGAAUGUUGUGAAACUAUUGCUGGAGCAAGGAGCUGAUGUCGAAGCCGGAGAGCCAGACUCCGGACUAACACCACUGAUGGAGGCCGCCAAAGAAGGCCACGAACUUAUCGUCAACACACUCCUCCUAUUCAAUGCUGAUGUGAGCAAAGUGAGCCAAGCAGGAGACACGGCUCGUUCACUGGCUCUUCAGCAUGGCCACAUGAUGGUCGUCAGUCUGAUGGAUAGUUUUUUUCAGCGCGGUCAUCGGGGGAGCCUUCGUAGUGAGGCUGACCUUGAUGAUAAUGAUAGCUCUGGAGAUGAGGGUAAAUAUCAGUUGAAUUCGCCACAAUUUGAUGAUUGCUUGGGGCUACGACGUCGAGCUUCUACUCAGGAUGUUGAUAUUCGUGCCGGUCCUGCUGCAUUGAAUCAACUCGUUCGACGUCAAGAUUCAGAGACUUCUUCAUUUCGGAGAUUGAGUGCAAGACAAUCAAUCUCAUCUGCUGUGUCUAGCAGUAGUCAUGCUGUUACUCGAGAAUACUUCAACUACCCCAUUCCACCAACAGAACGAUCGCACCAAAAUUUCGAGGAUCUCGCCAGCAGUGGUGGCAGCAGCUACAACAGCAGCGCCGAAUCGGCGAGUGCACACAGCAGCGACUCGGAAGCGAGUCAAGUCAACCAAACUCUCACACAAACCGGUCUGGAAGACUACGAGGAGGACGACCGUCAAACGCAUUCAUUUCCCGCGAGAGACAAGUCGUUCAGUCGAAAGCACGAGUUGAAAAAGCAACGAGAGGUUGCACACCAUCGAAACUCGAAGCGAUUGUUUAGUGCGUCUCCGGAGUUUGUUGACGAAUGGACACAACAACGACAGCAGCAGGGGCAGGUGAUGGUGGAGGCGGGAGUGAAUGAUUUAGGGAGCUUUUUGGAAGAGAUUGGAGUUGAGAAGUAUGUGGAGCUGUUUGAGGAGAAUGACAUUGACUUGAGGACGUUGUUGACGUUGACUGAUGACGAUCUGAAGGAGAUCGGGUUGAAGUUGUUUGGCCCUCGAAGGAAAGUGACUGCUGCUAUUGCACGAUGGCAUGCGCAAAUGAAGCAAUUCUCAAGCGAGUUGGAACAGGCAUAUGCCGACAAGUUAGAGGUAGAAAUGCAGGAGUUGGAAAUCAAGUAUCAACAGGCAACAGCGGAAGUCAAGCAACUGAAGUCUCAAGUUGCACAGGAACAAAAUCUUCGUAGCAUCGCAGAGUCUGUUCUAGUCGAUGAGAGAGCAAUGAAGCAAACUCUUGUAGAGAAUUACUCGAAAGCAUGCACACUCUGUAAACAGGCAAUGGAACUUGUGCAUUCAAGCGGUGACGAAGGCACAGUGAAUGGACCCAGGAAUAGCUCUCACUCUGUCCAAAGUGAUGACAAUAUGAAAGACACGCUAACAGACCGUCUUCAACAACUACAAGACAUUUUAUCCUCCUCCACACAAUGAAAUUUGCAUCUCAUUUCCAGCAAGCAGUAGCAACCCAACCAGUCAUUCAUUCAUAAUUGUAUUUUUAUAUAAUAUUUAUACAUUGUAUCAACAGAUUUGGAAUAAUUGACUUUUAGUGUUUUGACUCUAAGAUAAGAAUAUUUCUCGGCAUCCUCAUUUGUAAUGUGACUUGCGCUCGUGUUUCAUUGUGAAAAGGUUAAAUUCAAUGUUCAUGUGCUUGACUGAUAUGGAGAAUUUAAUUUACAAGUUUGAACAUUAUUCGCUGCUUUGUGGAAUGCAUUUGUUGGUUUUGGUUGAUAUCAAC